GCUGGGCUUGGUAGUUGGGGCGCAGCCGCGGUGGCUGGGCGCGGAGUGUGAGUGGCCUGAGCCGUGCGGGUGACUGCUUCAGGGCUUCUCUGCGACUGGACCGGGCGUCGCUCGAAAGCGCGCCCUCCAUUCGCACUGCUUGUUGGGCUCAUCAUGAAGCGCUUGGGCUCCGUGCAGCGGAAAAUGCCGUGUGUGUUUGUGACGGAGGUGAAAGAGGAGCCUUCCUCCAAAAGGGAGCAUCAGGUACGGAGGAGCGCCGCGCAGGCUUGGCGGCCCGCGUGGGCUCCUCCCCGCGGCGCUGGCUCAGUGCGAACCCGGCGAGGGCGGCUGGGCGCUUUAGAACUGCCCUGCAGGCCAGGAGCCUCUCCAUUUAAAGUUUUGGCAACUGAAACUAUAAGUCACAAGGCAUUAGAUGCAGAUAUAUACAGUGCAAUUCCAACAGAAAAAGUGGAUGGAACAUGUUGUUAUGUUACUACCUAUAAAGAUCAGCCAUACCUUUGGGCUCGACUAGAUAGAAAACCCAACAAACAAGCUGAAAAAAGAUUUAAAAAUUUUCUACAUUCAAAAGAAAACCCAAAAGAAUUUUUUUGGAACGUUGAGGAGGACUUCAAACCAGCUCCAGAGUGCUGGAUACCAGCAAAGGAAACAGAACAAAUAAAUGGGAACCCAGUGCCUGAUGAAAAUGGACACAUUCCUGGUUGGGUACCAGUAGAGAAAAACAACAAACAGUAUUGCUGGCAUUCCUCUGUAGUUAAUUAUGAAUUUGAAAUUGCCCUGGUACUAAAACAUCAUCCUGAUGAUUCUGGACUUUUGGAAAUUAGUGCAGUGCCACUUUCAGAUCUCUUAGAACAAACACUGGAGCUCAUAGGAACAAAUAUCAAUGGAAACCCAUAUGGGUUAGGGAGCAAGAAACAUCCAUUACAUCUUCUUAUACCACAUGGAGCAUUUCAAAUAAGAAAUCUACCUUCAUUGAAGCACAAUGAUCUCGUGUCCUGGUUUGAAGGUUGCAAAGAGGGUAAAAUUGAAGGAAUAGUAUGGCAUUGCAGUGAUGGCUGUUUAAUAAAGGUCCAUCGCCAUCAUCUUGGCUUAUGCUGGCCAAUUCCAGAUACUUACAUUAAUUCAAGACCAGUUAUUAUCAACAUGAACCUGAACAAAUGUGACUCUGCCUUUGAUAUUAAGUGUUUGUUUAAUCAUUUUUUAAAAGUAGAUAAUCAGAAAUUUGUUAGACUCAAAGAUAUAAUAUUUGAUGUAUAAAAUGCAAAUAAAAUUAGUUUAUCAUUAUAUUCUAAUCUUGAAUAUUCUACCAUAUUUAAAAAUAUCUUAAGGUUUCUGUUCAUUAUGAAACAUCAAUGUUUUCUACCAUUUGUGAAGAAAUGAAUUUUCCAGUUUCAAGUACCUAUUCAAAAUUUUAUUAAAAACCAGCAAAUUAAUUUUAAUCUCUAGCCAUAAAAACAACAUAAGUAAUAGUAAGCUCCUAAGCUUGUACAACGGCUGGAUUCUCUCCACUAUAACUGAGUGGUAAUUUAAAGACAACAAUUUAAUGUCACUAAUUUUCAAAAUUAAAUAGUUUAAGCUCAAUUUAAUUUUGCUAGAUAUUUAACAAAACAUACGGCUCAACCUCAUAACCUAUAUGUGUGUAUGUCUACAUCUGUAUAUAUAUCAUAGGAUUUGAGAAUCUUAACACAUGUAUAAAUAAGUAUAUAUAAACUCCAAUUUAAAAUAUUAAAAUUGCUGAAUUUACCCUCAUAUUCUUUAAAAAACUUAAAGCAUUAUGAAUGUAGAGAAAUUCACCAGAGCUCACUGCCUAUUUGAUGGCCGUAACAAGUCUUCAAGUAUAUACUUCUUUUAUAAUAAGUUGAAAAUUUCAUAUAAUUUUAUUUAUUAAGAAUUCCAAUCUAAGUAUAAAAGUACAAGGUAGUGAGAAGGAAAUACUACAGUUCAGAGAACUGCUUAUUUCCAAGUAUAUUUUAACUUAUAAAGUUAAUAAAUAGUUAAAUGAAACAAAGUUUAUAGGUGACCUUUAGUAAAUGGGGAAAUUAACAGGACUUUCUUCUUCAUCUUCAAACUCUUCAGAAGCAGCAACAGGGCUAGUUAAUUCAAUUCCCAAUUGUUCUGAAAGUUUUUUUACCUUCUCUUCUAAGAGAAUAUUCUUCUUCACUUCUUCCUUGUAAUUAUACUUAAGAUCUUCAAUUUCUUCAAAAAAUGAAGGAUCAAAAUUUUCCAGUUCUUUUUUCAGCUUCUUUAUUUCCUCCUAAUGGAAACAUUAUCUUUAAAAGUUGCAUAUAGGAAAUAUACAUAUUUUAACGUUUGAACAAGGAGAUUUAAUUGUAAAUAUGAAAGCCAAAGUAUUCCUGAAUGGUCAAAUACAGCAAUAAAGGCAGAAGAAUUAAGAUUUUUCUUUGUUCCAUUGUACAGUGUAAAUAACUAAGUUGUUAAUUGUCAAGUCCAGUUAUCUAUUCCGUAAGUUGUGUUCUAGUCUUUGACUAAAAUUUAUCAUCUCUUAUAAUGGGAUUUAAUCUUUCUCUAAAAGCAUAUAAGAGCUUGUCAAUAGAGCAAUCAAUCAAAGAGAUUUUGUGAUUCAUAACAUUGAAGUUAGUCUGGUUAAGAGUUUUGGUUUAGACUUCAUUUAUAUUUUCCUUACGAGUAUCUAAUAUUUAAUGAAUAAUGAUCAACUUUUUAUAAAGUUAUUAAUAUGAUCAGGGAAACCUUUGGGACUUCUGACAAUUAGGCAUCUGGUGAAGAGACAAUUCAAGCCUUAGUGACUAUUUAGAAUAGCCAGUGAUCACUAGCUAAUUCUCAUAUCCAUGCCUUUUUGUCCUGUUUACAGUCUUAAAAGAGGUAAAACAGCAAAUAUUAUUUUUUUAAGGGAACUAUAACCUUAGGAUUCCUGAAAAGAAUUUCAAAAAAAAAAAAUAAAGACACUGUUGCCAAUGUGACCCAAAACUUAAGAACAUACUAAUGGCAUAUAUUUGUUACAAUUAAAAAAUAAAUUUACUACUUAAUCCUA